UGUGUGUGCGAAUUCAGUUUCGUAUUCUUGCUUGUGACGAAAGGAUGUACGCCGGUUUGUAGUUGAAAUUCAUCGCUACAUACAUACAUACAUAGAUACAUCUGCUGUUUUCAUAUAUAAUAUAAAAACACAAUCAGUCAGAGAGCGUAAGAGAGAGCGAACAAGAGAACAGUGAGCAGAACAAACGCAGCUCAAGUCAGAGAAUUCUACAUCAUGCCCAAGGGUAGAGGCGGAGGAGGAGGAGGAGUGGGAGUUAGCCAACCACAGUAUCAAGAGCAAGAUUAUGAGGAGUUGCGUGAAUUGCUCAACUCCUGGAAUGUUGGUGAGCUCUUGCCACAUUUUCAAGAUGAGGCCAUCAAUGUCGAGGAGCUGCAAAUGCUCAAGCGUCAUCAUUUGAACGAACUGAUGGGACAUUUUCGAUAUGGCACACGCAUACGUUUCGAACAUCAUCUGGAGCGUUGGCGGCAUUGGAUGAAUGUUCCCCUUAUGGGUUCGCCAUCCGAAGCUGCCGGCCAUUGCAGUGGUUGUCGCUGCAGCACAGCAACAGUUUCCUCAGCGGCAGCAGCGGUGGCAGCUGCAUCCAACGCUGGAACGAUAGGUGUUUGCCAGCCCCAGAUCACAAGUGUACGUUCCGUGGAGAAUCCCAUGGUUGUGGCCACCAAGCCGGAGGAGAGUCUUAAUUCCCGAAAUGUUGAGCCAUUGGUCUCUCUAAACGAGACUUGCGAUUCGAAUUCCUUCAACAUGACACCACUGACCGAUCACACAGAACUUGUCCAUACGACCUUAGGCGGCGGUUCGGGCACAUUGAAGCAGGAACGCGAGGGCAGCGAACCAGAUGCCAGCGAGGAGGGAGCUGUCACUGUUUUGGGUAUUCUCCAGGUCUCGGGCAUCAAGGCUCAAAGCCUACUCGAACGUCUGGGCCAGAAUGAACAAUUGGAUGCGGUGCAGCGGCUGCUAUUAAUCCAAUUGAUAUGCAGUUACUAUGAGGACAACCAAUUGCAUUUGACCCUGCAGCGCAGUCAUUUGCUAGAACGCGAAAUCCUGGAGCUCUUCCCCAAGGAGCAAUUGCAUUUCUAUCGCACCGAACGUCGUGGCAAGAUCUAUGUACGAUUCACGAAUAUGAAACGGAAUAAGCGUUUUAGCACUCAACGCGCUGCCGCCGGUGGUGCUGGUGGUGGCAGCGUGGACAAGCGGCGCAAAGAGGAUCCAUCGUUGAAGGCCUCAACGUUGAACAAUUCGUAUGUGACGAAGGGUGUAUCAUUUGCCGGUGAUGCAAUGUCCAGUCCGGAGAGAUCAGAUUGAUUAGUAUUAGUAAUAUAGAUUCUUAACGCAAGCCAUUAUCUCGAUUUAAGUUAUGACUAUAUAUACAUAUAUAUAUAUAUGAUAAUGUAAUGUGACUGAUAAGUGGAUAGGUAAAUAAAAAUAUAAUGGAUAAAUGGUCGUCAAA